AGAUUAUUUGAAAAGCAAUUUAUUUUUAUCUAUAUUUAUUCUAUAUUUCUAUCCUUAUUCACUAUUUGGUUAUUCUUGAUUUCCUUGCGUUUAUGGUUUUUAAAAUGUAUGAAUAAUUUAUAAUUUUUAACUUAGGGUUUAUAGUAACACUUUAAUAGUAGACAUAAUAGUACACUUUGAUUGGAAUUAUGUCUAUGAAAAUGUCUGAUAAUGAUUCACUAAAUGUUGGUAAUACAUAUAAAGUGGCGAACAAUGGCCAGCUUAUUAAACUAGAUUCAAAUAUUCUUGGUGCUCAAACCUUGAUCGUAACUGAUGAUGAUGGAUCUCUUGAGUCUGUUGAUGAACAACCAACUGCUGCUGUCAUAGAAAAUGGCAACGUAACUGGAAUUGUUAUGAGCAAAACCAACGACACAAACAUUACACAAUAUGAGCUCAGGCCAAACAAUAAUGCUACUCAAUUUUUUGUUGUACAACCAAUUAAUGAUUUAUUUACAACUACAACAACUGUUAAAAGACCAAUUGUACCACUCAAUAGUGAAGUGCCCAGAAAACGAGUAGAUCGUACUGUCGUGACAAGGGACGCUAAAAGACGAUUGACACAUAACGAAGUAGAACGUCGAAGACGUGAUAAAAUAAACCAAUGGAUAAUGUAUAUGAGCAAAAUCAUACCUGAUUGUGCUGAAGAAAACAAAACUAAUUAUGAUAACCAGAGCAAAGGAGGAAUUCUAGCAAAAGCAUGCGAUUAUAUUAAUGAAUUAAAAUCAACUAAUCAAAGAUUGAUGGAUUGUGUGAAACAAAUGGAGGCUGUUAAUAGGCAUAAUGAUGAACUAAGAAUGGAAAAUGAAGAAUUGAGAGGAAUCGUAUCACAACAUGGAUUGUUGUCUGAAAGUUUUGUUUCUAGAGAUGGUGACUCGUCAUGAGAAUUAUUAGAAGUUGUAAAUUAUGUUAAGCUGAUUUAAACUUCAUCUUUUUUACUAUAUUUAAAUUUUUUGUUAUACCGAAGAGACCAAUGUUCUACUAUCUAUGUUUAAAAUGUUAAAUAUUUUCAAUAAUG